AUGUCCGAUCCGGAUACCGUCUGGCUGGAGGAGCUGUUGAAAGAUGUCCAGUUGGAGCAGUUCCUGUCACGAAUCCGGGAUGAGCUACAGGUGACGCGGCUUGCCCACUUCGAUUACGUGCACGUCGACGAUCUGGAGAAGAUCGGUCUUGGCAAACCGGGCAUUCGACGUCUGCUUGAGGCGGUAAAGAAACGCAAAGCCCAACAGUGGCGCCGAAACAUACUGUCGAAGCUGAUCGGUGGUGGAAAACAGCAGCCACAAAAAAAGUCCCAACCAGGAGGUGGCACGGGUCAAGGCGAGGAACCUUCGGCCCUGGCUUUAACCUGCCUCAUCCACGAGAAGGAUGUGACGCUUUCGGUGAAGCUGGGUGAUGGUUCGUUUGGUGUGGUGCGACGGGGUGAGUGGCAUGCGCCAGGACAUCAUAUCGUACCGGUGGCGGUGAAGGUCCUGAAAGCGGACACACUCGCUCAACCCGGCGUUAUCGAAGACUUCUUCAAGGAGGUGCAGGCGAUGCACGCAAUGAACCACCCCAACCUGAUCCGAUUGCACGGGGUGGUUCUAUCGCAACCGAUGAUGAUGGUGACGGAACUGGCCGUGAACGGAUCACUGUUGGAUCUGCUUCGUAAGCAAUGCAAACACACACCACUGCCCGUGGUUUGGAGCUGGUCAGUCCAAAUCGCGACCGGUAUGGCGUACCUCGAGAGUAAGCGCUUUCUUCAUCGGGAUCUUGCCUGCCGAAACGUGUUGCUGGCCGCUGGUAACAAAAUCAAGAUCGGGGACUUUGGGUUGAUGAGAGCGCUACCCCAGCAAGAGGACUGCUACGUGAUGACGGAACAUAAGAAGGUACCGUUUCCGUGGUGUGCACCGGAAUCGCUGCGAUAUCGCCAGUUCAGCCAUGCGUCGGAUACGUGGAUGUUCGCUGUCACCCUGUGGGAGAUGUUCACGUUUGGGGAGGACCCGUGGGUUGGUUUGAACGGAUCGCAGAUCCUGCGAAAGAUCGAUCGAGAGGGCGAACGGUUGCACCAUCCAGAUGCGUGCCCACCGGAUGUGUACCAGCUGAUGCUGCAGUGUUGGGACAAGACACCCUCCGAGCGUCCCACCUUUGCGGCGAUCAAGGAGUUCCUUACCGGUGUACCUCCGCCAAUGUAUCGUGCGGUAACGAAUUACAGUGCCGACAAUCGGCUAGCGGUACAGCAAGGCGACACGAUUGUGAUCGUCGAUGACCGGCUGGAGCUGCAGUUUAUCAAGGGUCAGAACCAGCGCACGUUCGAUAUUGGAACGAUUCCCAGGAAUGUUGUUGUGGACGCUCGGAAGGCUUCUUCAGGUAGCUCUAGCAGCUCGGCUGCGAUAAGUCGCCCAUUACACGAUUCGUUUCGCCAUACUGGACACGGUUCUCCGUUCGGUGCAUCCUGGGGCAACCCGGGUAGUCUGGAGCUGGAGGGAGAGGUGAAACUACGAAAUAAAACAAAAGAUAUGCUAAACGUGGAUCGGCGCGGAAAAUGUGUCUCGGAGCAGUACGUAAAAGAGCGCAAAAGUAACGCCUCGAAACAGUUUUCCUACAACAAGCUGGUAAACGAGAAUCACUCAAAGCAGCUGGCUCACAACCAGCAGCUAGUGAAAGAUGCCAAAAAUCGACCGCUCCGUCCUCCCCAACCGACGCAACCACCAACGUCUACCGAGGGUAUCCUAAUUGAUCUUUCAUCGCCGAACGAUGAUCUAUCCUUUGGAAGUGCGACUUCCGGGACCGUUUCAACUCCAGGCACGUUCCGGCAGGUAACGAGCAUUCUCGAUGAACCGAUCGAUAUCCCCACGGAGGGUGACGAUGGGUUUUCUCACCAACAGCAGCAGCCCAAAUCAGAGCAACAACUCCAGGUGGCGUUUACAGAAAGCUACCAGUCCGUUUCGCCUGUUCCGAAGCUAGAACCACCACCGUAUCAAAUGCCACCGAAGUAUAGCAACACGUAUGGUAUCAUCCAUGAUAGUACGCUGAAUCUUAGUGGGGUUUGUGAACCGGAUCCAUUCGCACCGCAGCAGCAGCAGCAGCAACAUCAGCCUCACCACAUAAUACAAAAGCAAGAUACGGCGGUAACGUCCGACUUCGAGAGCCCUCCCUCAAUGUUUGUCAGUUCACGGGAUCUGAUGGAAAAAAUUAAGCGCCAGCAGACGGUCGAACAAGCUGCCCCACCAACCACGGCGGUGUAUGGAAAUCUGUACGGGUCCGUAUCGAAUGUUAACGCAAACUACGGUCGAGUGGAAACGGACCUGGAAGGACAUUCGGUGGGCAUGAUGUCGUCGUUAAACAACGGUGCGAGUGGUAGCGGUUUUAGCUCACCGGGAAGGGACAUAUACAACGACUCUCUGGAGGUGAACGUUAGUAGUGGCAUCGUAGACAACGGCCUAAUCUCCCCUUAUGGAAGCUCGUCCGUUCAGCUGAGCGUAACACCCAAGAAGCUCGACAAAGCCUUCCUUGCCGAGCUGGAAAAGGACAUCUACAAACACGAACCGCCCGCGGGUAACAGCAUGAACAGUUCGGUAGCGUACGCCGCCCGCAACAAUGCCAAGGAUGUAUCGCAUUCGAAAUACGACACCACGGCAAACCUGGCGCUGAGCCAAAUCUACGCCAACCAGGCAAACUCGAUCGCGCUGGCAGCGUCGCUCCAGCAACAGCUAACGCUUUCGCCAAAGAAACAAAAUGCCGCUCAGCAACAACCCUGCGACACCAGCACGCUCGUGCAGCAGAUGUGGAUGGAACGGAACAAUCCAACUGCCACCACUACGGCUGCUCCUGCUGCGGGGAUGGAUAUGCCCCAACAGAUGGUUCCGCAAAAGCUGCACAAUUUUGUUGCAAUCUCAAAUGGCACCACGCCGCAGCAUUACGGUUCGUCGGUGAGCCUUUCCGGUCCCAACAUCUACAAUUCGGUGUACAACGGCAGCAUCGCUCCGGAUGUGUACCAGACGGUGGGGAGCGAUUUGUAUGACAUUGUGGCACCGACGCCUGCUUCCAUGUACGAACGCGUGCCGAUGCAACAGGUGUACAACAACGUGAACGGUCAGGUCCCGGGUGCUCCGAUGCCGGCUAUCUACGACGAGGUGUCGAACGAUUUGGGCGACUUGCGGCCUAUUCGACCGGCUCCAUCCGCACCGCUUUCGGCGCAGCAAAUACAACGAAGGCUCGAUCGGUUGGCGCAACAGGAUCAACAGGUUGCUAAUCUGAUGCGAGAGCUAGGUGAGGAGGCAAACGAGGAGGAAGCGCGAAAUUCCCUUUCGGCGGUUAACUGGGAUCACACGUUGGCGGUGAGGCACUUUAAAAUUGAACGUCUGUGUCGACUCGGUCUGGCUAAUCGCACUCGGUGUGAGGAAGCACUUCAAAAAACCGGUUGGAGCAUUCAGCUUGCUGCCUCGAUUCUGCUGGAAACCUAGUCGGAUGAAGGAGAAUCCGUUUGAGAUGGAUCGUUCCUUCGUGGCACUAGAGUACCGGAUGGAUUUUGGUGCGUAUUUUCUUAUCUGCUUCGGAAUGCGUUGCUCCUUUUAUUUCAAGGGUGAAUAUUCCAACCAAUAAUGUCAAUUUAAAAAAAACUAAACCCGAAGGGUUAGAACAGCGCAAUCUCAUGAGUUAUCGAAUGGAAAUGUACUCGGCUAUGCAACAAGUAUUAGUAUGAGGAUUUUGAAUUCAGGGCUAGCAAAGCGGAUGGGUAAUAUGAAGCGCCAAGUUUAUGUAUAUACAAAUGUAUGUCUAGAUAUAUUAGAAUUUUUAUUCCACACUCUACGUAGAAAUGUGCAUAUACUCUUCCAUGUUUCGCAAAAACGAGACAACCUGUGACCGUUUGAUUCUCUCUUAUACACCCCGUCUUAUAUUACCCGUUGAUUCCGUUAUACGUUUGCAAAGUGUGGACUAUAUUAUAUGACAAAGUAUUUAAGGUUUAGCUGUAGUACACUUAGUUAUAUUAGUACCAGGGAGCCCUCGAAUAACAACAGUCAGAUAGGUUCAGUUUCUGCAGGAUAGUUUAGCUAGUUUCGAACUGCAUCCUUCCAAACUACGUCAGAAAAUGUAUGUCAAGCUUACGCUAAGUUCAUAGAUAAAUUGUUGCGAAUCCUGUUGUAAAUCUCUCCCCAUCUGAGCUACUUCGUGCCUAAGUUGGUUGUUUUCUUAGCAACAUUGAAACAUUAUGUUAAACCUCUAAAAAUCUCUUGGAGUGAAAAGAAAAGAAAAUAUAGACAUAUUUUUAAC